AUGGCCCUUAUUGAUAAUAGAAUUAUUAAUAGGCAAGACGCUCUUCUGGGAGCGAUACAAGAAAAUUUAGCUUAUGGUAAAUUCAUGUUUACUAUUUAUCCUAAAUUUGCUUUACAUCGAGAUUCAAAAGAUUUUGAUAAAACUUUAAGUUUUAUACACCAAUGUGAAAGAACUGACCUUAUGGAACUAGGAAAUAAAGUUUUUACGAUUAAUUAUUUAAUUUCGUAUGCUUUAACUAAUAGUACUCAUUCAAUUGAGUAUAAGGAAAAAGAAAAUAUAACAAUUGAAGAUAUUUUCUCAGAAAUUGGAAUUGUCGAAGGAAGUAAAUUUUCUGAGCCUUCACAAUUACAAGAAAAUUGGGCAAUUGAUAUUGCACGAAAUAAACAUAUUCUAGGAACAAAACCUAGACACAGUUUUGCUGGACCCUCUUUACAAAUAAGAGAAUCUAGUAAUGCUGAAGACUUAAUACGAUCCAUGUCUGAAAGAAUAGACAAAUAUGGAGAAAUCUUAAAAGAGGUUAUUGGGACGUAA